CGUGGCGCGAAAUGGAAGCGUGUUUGAGGUGGUGCUGCUCACAGGCGACUUGUUCUCUUCACAAAUGCCAACAAACGGAGAUUUCAUGAGCACAUAAUCCGAGUGUUUGUGCGGUCAGGUCCUAACGUUAUGAAGGAAGCCUACCCCAAAGUUCAGGCCACAGCAGGCAUGGAGACCGUGUUUGAUGGGAUCAACAAGCAGCUGGAUUUUUCCAGCUGUGGAGAGGAGGGAAACAGCAGUGACACCACUUCAGAUGAGUGUGCCGUCAUCUGCAGUCCCAACCUGGCCUGCAGGACCCCCAAAGUGCAGCGCCACCGCAGCCAGAGCAACACGUUGACUUCACCUUUGCUGUGCACCAGCCCCAUACCUUAUGCCUCCUGGAAGAAGCUGAGGCUGUGCGACUCGCCCAGCACACCCAAGAGUUUGUUAUCAAAGUCGUCUCAGCUUUUCUCCAACAUAAAGUUAAGUCAUCGUCAGAGGACCGUGCGUUUAGCCUCGGCUGCUGCAAAUCUUCUGCAGGUUCCUUCAGUCAACGUGAAUCCUUUCACUCCUGACACGGUACGCAGAAAAAGUGAGCUGCUCUGGAGGCAAAGCAGCAGGAGCGAUGAUGAUGAAGAUUAUAGACGCAGACUGAAACACAGCCUCACGUCAUCUGAAGAGGAUGAUGAAGCUUUCCUCCCACCAAAGAGACGAGCCGUCCAAGCCUUCAUGCUGUCACGCUACGAGAGUGAGUUCCUGGAGGUGGAGUGCAUCGGCGUGGGCGAGUUUGGUACUGUCUAUAAGUGCGUGAAUCGGCUGGAUGGUUGCCUGUACGCCAUAAAACGCUCCCGACGACCCUUGGCAGGCUCUGCCAAUGAGCAGCUGGCUCUAAAGGAAGUGUAUGCACAUGCUGUUCUUGGCCAUCACCCACACGUCGUUCGCUAUUAUUCAGCAUGGGCAGAGGAUGACCACAUGAUUAUUCAGAAUGAAUACUGUGAUGGUGGAAGUCUCGGUGAUGUGAUUGCGAAGAAGGAGGCGCAAGGUGAACAGUUUACUGAAGCAGAACUGAAAGAUCUGCUUCUACAAGUGGCCAUGGGUCUGAAAUACAUCCACAGCUCAGGCCUCGUCCACCUGGACAUUAAACCAAGCAACAUUUUUAUUUGCCAGCAGCCCAGCACAAGUGCAGCGGAUGAGGGGGACAGUGAGGAGGAAGAUGAUGAAGGCACUUUGGCUGGAGUUCUUUACAAAAUUGGUGAUUUGGGUCAUGUGACUUUAAUUACUAGUCCUCAAGUGGAAGAGGGGGACAGUCGCUUUCUGGCUAAUGAAGUCCUUCAUGAGGAUUACCACCACCUGCCCAAGGCUGACAUAUUUGCUCUGGGCCUCACAGUUUUGCUGGCAGCUGGAGCUCCUCCUUUGCCUCAAAAUGGAGAUGAAUGGCACAGUCUUAGAAAGGGGCAUCUGCCCAAACUGCCCCAAGAGCUCUCGCCUCCCUUCAGAAGUUUGCUUCAGUCGUUGCUGGAUUCAGACCCAACAAAGCGCCCAUCUGCCAGGGAGCUUUGCAAGCACACGAUCUUGAGGGAGAAGAGGACUGAGAGGCUGGCUGCUCAGCUUCGCAGAGAGCUCAAUGUUGAGAAGUUCAGGACAGCCAUGCUUGAAAAAGAGCUCCAGGAAGCACGGCGGGCAGCUUUGUCACCAAAACAAGACGUUUCACCAGGAUUGAAGCCUCCUGCAAAGUUGGGGUCUCUGACUAGAUCAGGAAAGAGGCUUGUUGGCAGGAAGACUGAACGAUCUGUGAGCUUUGGUACUCCAGGAUAUGUAGUCUAGAGAGAGGAGUGAUCGCUUGUGACGUAAUGUGACUCUAAUAAAGUCUGUAGUUCUAAACAUGUAUUCUGCAUUAUAAUCCUAUUAG